UAUUGACAUUUCCGAUUAUUUUUCGUAUUUUUCGCAUAUUCAUAGUUUUCUUCGUCAAAACAUUAUUUAAAUCCAGCCUUAAUAUGGAUUUGGUGGAUAUGGAUAUAAGGCAGUGGGAUGUAAACGACGUAAAGGAACAAUUUGGUGACAGUUUAACACUAUUACCACCUAACGAUAACAUUAAGGAAUUGCAAACAAUACUACGUGACAAGAACACGACCCGAAGUGACUUUAAAUUUUAUGCUGAUCGUUUGAUACGAUUAGUGAUUGAAGAAAGCCUCAACAAAUUGCCAUUUACUGAUUGUGAAGUAGUGACACCCACUGGAGCACUUUACAAGGGACUAAAGUAUGGUUCAGGAAAUUGUGGAGUCUCAAUUGUGAGAUCUGGGGAAGCUAUGGAACAGGGCUUACGUGAUUGCUGUAGAUCAAUUCGAAUAGGUAAAAUCUUGGUAGAAAGUGAUAAUGAUACUCAUGAAGCUCAUGUUGUUUAUGCCAAGUUUCCAGAGGAUAUAGCUCGAAGACAGGUGCUCCUUAUGUAUCCUAUAAUGUCUACUGGCAACACUGUUAAACAGGCAGUAAACGUCUUAACACAGCACGGUGUGAAAGAAGAACGUAUAAUACUUUCGAAUCUCUUCUGUACGCCUGCAGCAGCUCAAGCAGUGGUCGAUUACGUCCCAAAGAUGAAGAUACUCACCUCCGAAUUGCACCCCGUUGCCCCAAACCAUUUUGGUAUGAAAUACUUUGGAACUGACUGAUAUGAGGACGAAGAGGUAUAAACUUUUUGCGAUUAAUAUGGCGACUAUUGGGCAAAUGUUUUGUGUUUUAAUAAAUAGGGAUUGUUUUCAAUUCUUCAUUGUUUUUGUGAAUUAUUCAGCAGCUCUUAUACUAAUCAAGUGACGUCAUAAGUGAUUUCAUUCCAUUACUAUACGAACCUAUAGGGGUAGAAAAUUACAGAACAAAAUAUUUAACACUCAUGUUUAAUUCAAAUGAAAAAUUCUCAGCGUACUUAAAAUUUAUACGCCAUUGCUUGUUGUUGUCAUUUAGAAAGAAAACAAAACAUUUGCCACAGUGAUAACCUUAUUCGUGUUUAUACCAUCUUAAAUUAGAUUUAGAAAAUAAAAGUUCCUAAUUUUAAGUCACAGUUUGUAUAACUUUCUACUUACUUUUUAGUUUUACUGAUGCAAACAAACAAAAUGGACCUAUAUUAUGAUGUAGUUCAUGUAUUGUUUGUUGCUUUCUAUCGCAAUAUAAUUGCUUGAAUGUUAAUGUCUUGUGGUCAUAAGUAUUUUUGGCUAAGAUCCCAGUAGUUGUCAGGUAUUUAGAUUAUUUCUAAAAUCAUGUCAUUACGAUAAAUAAAGUGUAUAUAUAUAUACUAUGUAUGAAUUUUGUACUAAAAAAAUAAAACACUUCUAAAACAUUAUCUAUUACGUGUCUCAUAUUGUAUUAAGGUGUUCUAACUCUCUUUGAUCACUAACUAUCGCAUUUUGAGAACUAUCUGAUGAUAAUAGAAGAAUGUAAUCAAUAUAAAGUUUCAUAUAUAAAGCUAUUAUAUUGUUAUUUGUCGCUUUAAAGACCUAAUCAAGUAUUGUAAAUAAAUUGUAUACGUAUAAUUAAAUUGUUUGACGGGUCAAUCUAUGGACUGUUUUAUGUAUAAAAUGUAUUAUUCUAAUAAAAUAUAAAAACUAAUGUAUUCAAAUAUAAUUGAGAGUUUGUAUUUAACUCCGAAUAAUGGAGCUAUCUUAAAAAUUUGCUUCCGAUGAAAUGAGAUCUCUGAUAUUAAGAUACCUUCAUUGAAAUAAAAUGUUGGUGUCACUGACUUAGUAUAGAGUGGCUUAUAUAGAUCAAUAUUCCAAAAGGGUUUAAACCACUGUUUCUUAACCUUUUCACCGCCAUAAUCUCUAUGUAAUAGAAUAAUUUUUAUAUUGAAAAUUUAGUCGUUCACUUAAAAAACUUAAAUUAUAUGUUAUGGAAGACAACGUUAAGAUUUUUUUACGAAACAGUUAAUUUCCAAAAGAUAAUGAAAAACGGCGAGUCGAUUUUCGAAUUGCAGCCUGGGACGUGGGGACAGUGGUAUAAACCAAUGUCUCAAAUGUAUACCUACGUAAUGUAUAAAAUAAUUCGUAAGUUAAAGCUUGGGUGGUAACCCUACCUACAGCUAAAGAGGUAUAACUAGAUAAAUUCAAUACCUUUUACUAAUCUAUAUACCACAUUAUAACUAUACCGAAAAUAGUCUAAUGAUCAAUAAUAAUGACAGAAAUAUUUUGAGUUGUGUGUAUUUGAACUUUUCUACGGCUCUUUCUAACAUGAAUUUGUGUUUAGUAGAACAUUACAACUGUAACUAAUAAUAUAUAAGAAAUAUGUUAUGUUAAUUUAAUUUAUAAAUGUAGUUACAUCUUUUUUUUUAAGAAAAUAAAUAUUAAAGUGUAUUAUUA